AUGAUCCAACAGCUACCUCUCAUAGCAUCCACAUCAAGGCUGGCUACCCUCGUCGGUCACAUCACAGAUCUCGUGAACGGCGAGAAGAAGCAGCACCUCCCUCCCAGUCACAAGUCAAAGAGUUCUAAUUCCAAAGCGACACUCUGCGCAUCUGGUCCCGCAAGAACGCACGCCGUCCUCCAAGACGCUACAGUUUUUCCUAUAGCAGAAGUCGCGCACAGCGAACGAAAAACAUUCGCCGUCCCAAAGUUUGGCGGACCCGCCGAAGUAUCGCGAUCAGUAGACGCAGCGAGAAGGGCCUUGUAUAGCAAAGCGAAGGACGAAGGUGGGAACGUCCUCGUUGACGAGCAGUGGUCCUGUAAGGUCUGCUCACAUUCGGGCCACAAAGGAAAAGAUAAGGUGAAAGUCGCACGACAGCAGCACGAUCCGCGUGGCAAGACGUACAGCGACCGGUGGGUCUGA